AUGACUCUUUAAAAUUUUCAUACCCUAUUGCGUCGAGAAAACUUUGUUUCUUUCCAUAACUAAAGAAUGUCGCUGCAAAUAAGACGAUUCAAAAUCAAAGUCCCUGCCUCAUCAGCUAACAUCGGUCCGGGAUUCGAUGUUCUUGGAAUCGGGCUUCAACUUUACCUUACCCUUGAUGUGACUAUUGAUCCUAGUCGUCUGUCCAACUCAGACCCAAACAAUGUUGUACUUAAAUACGAAGGUGACUUGGCCGAAAAUGUUCCUUUACAAUCUGAUAAGAAUUUAGUUACUUCAUCAGCAUUGUACGUGUUACGAUGCAACGGAUUCACCCAAUUUCCAAAUGGUACUUUUAUCGACGUGACCAAUCCAGUCCCACUUGGACGAGGCUUAGGUUCUUCUGCAUCAGCAAUCGUUGCCGGUGUAUGUCUUGGUAACGAAAUAGCCCAGUUGGGAAUGGACAAGAUCAGAAUGUUGGACUAUUGUCUCAUGAUUGAAAGACACCCAGACAAUAUCGCUGCUGCUAUGUUGGGAGGAUUUGUCGGCUCAUACUUGAAUGAAUUGCCAAUUGAAGAACACGAUGCUAAUUUACCCUUGGAGUAUAUCUUGCCUCGAUCAAGUACACCUGUGGACAAGAUUGUCAAUUCUCCACCACCAAAGAACAUCGGGGAAUACAUGAGCUACGACUGGUGUAAGCUGAUCAAAUGUGUUUGUAUCAUUCCUAAUUUCGAAGUCAGCACCGACAAAUCGAGAGCAGUGUUGCCAGAAAGUUAUACGAGACCAGACAUUGUGUACAACUUGCAAAGAAUUGCCAUUUUGACCACGGCAUUGACCCAAACCCCACCCAACGAAAAGUUGAUUUACCAGGCCAUGAAGGAUAAGAUUCAUCAACCAUAUAGAUCAGGAUUGAUUCCAGGUUUGCCAGAAGUAUUACAGAGUGUUACCCCAGAAUCUCACCCAGGUUUAUGUGGGAUUUGCUUAUCAGGUGCUGGUCCAACUAUAUUGUGUUUGGCUACUAAGAACUAUGACGAGAUUGCAAAGACCGUGGUGGAUAUUUUCAAGAGGGAUGGUGUCGAAUGUGAUUGGAAGGUGUUAGAUUUAGCUUACGAUGGGGCCACUGUCGAACAGAUUGUGUAGAUUUCAAUAUAGAAUAUAAAAAGUUGUUGUAUUACUCC